UGUGUGCCUUGUUAGCCCGUAAUGUUCUCUUCUGCCAAAUAGAGCGCGGGAACAAAGCUGGUUGGUUUUGAUGGCUCGCUUGACUCUCGGUGCUGCAGGCCCUGGUGUAGGGUCGUUCCCCAAGUCACUCAGCUGAAGACCCGUUGAAGGCUGGGACAUUUUAGAGAUGAAUAGCAAAAAAUUGGAAACACCACCACCACAGCGUAAAUUUCCUGAAUGGAUGGUGUCUAUGCAGAAUAAAGGAUGUACUGAAGAGGAAAGAAAGGCAUAUAUUCAGAAGAGUGUUUUUGAAGAUGACCUCCCCUUCUUAGAAUUCACUGGAUCCAUUGUUUAUAGUUAUGAAGCUAGUGAUUGCUCUUUUCUAUCAGAAAAUAUUAGCGUAAAUCUGUCUGAUGGGGAAGUGGUAGGAUUUGACAUGGAAUGGCCACCCAUUAAUAGAAAAGGGAAACCAAGCAGAGUUGCACUAAUUCAGUUAUGUGUGUCUGAGAACAAAUGUUAUUUGUUUCACAUUUCUUCUAUGUCAGUUUUUCCCCAGGGAUUAAAACGAUUACUUGAAAAUACAGCAAUUAAAAAGGUGGGGGUAGGAAUUGAAGGAGAUCAAUGGAAACUUCUGCAUGACUUUGAUGUCAAGUUGACAAGUUUCGUGGAGUUGAAAGAUGUUGCCAAUGAAAAGCUGAAAUGUUCAGAGACCUGGAGCCUUAAUGGCCUGGUUAAACACCUCUUAUAUAAACAGCUUCUGAAAGACAAAGCUAUUCGCUGUAGCAACUGGAGUAACUUUCCCCUCUCUGAAGACCAGAAGCUGUAUGCAGCUACUGAUGCUUAUGCUGGACUCAUCAUUUAUAAAAAAUUAGAAAUCCUGGGUGGUGCCAUGCAAACAUUUGCUAGAAAUAAAGAGGAGAAAAUUCUACCUCUUGAAAUGAAGAAACAGUUGACUUCAAUCUCUGAAGAAGUGAUGGAUAUGGCUAAUCAUUUUCCUGACACUUGCAGAAAAUUAGAAAAUCCAGAGAGGGUUUCUAUUUUAUUGAAGAAUAUUUCAGAAAGUCUGUUUUCACUGAGGAAGAUUCUGUUUGGUCCUACAAAAAUCACCACCGAAGUGAGGCCCAGUAAUCAUUUUAAUGUAUCGUUGGAGGAUUCAACUGUUGGUAGAGAACAGCAGAAAGAAACUACAGAAAAAAGUCUUACUGAAGAUAAGGAUGAGACAUGGGAUACAUCACUGGAUAAUCUAGUUAAACAUGGUGGACAUGAUGUACUUGUAAAAGUGAAACAAGAAGAAGGGUUGGAAGAUGAAUUUGAAAAUAAUAAGUUGAAAGAAAACAUGGAAAGAACAUGCCAAAUGUCAUUAGAUAUUACAGAGUAUGAACUUCAAAUAUUGGAACAGCUGAAUGAGAAACAAACCCUCAGUGAUUUUUCCCACCAGUGCACUGAGCAUUCUUCAGUCAACAAUAAUGAACAUGAUUCAUCUUACAUAAUUGAAAGUGAUGAAGAUUUAGAAAUGGAGAUGCUGAAGUCUUUAGAAGAUUUAAAUAGUAGCCCUGUAGAGUCAGUUCAUUCUCAGUGCUUAAAAAUGGAAAGAAACUUGAGUUUUCCUACUGAAGAAGAUAAAAAUAAAGAUGAAGUUGAAGAAGGAAAAGAAGAAGAACAAGAAGAAGAAGAAGUUGAAGAAGAAGCAGAAGAAGAAGAUAAUGAAGAUCAUUUGUUGCCAGAACCCAGUGCAACGCAAAUUAUUUGCCUCAAGACCUAUUUUGGCCAUUGCAGUUUUAAACCGGUCCAGUGGAAAGUUAUUUAUUCUGUAUUGGAAGAAAGAAGAGAUAAUGUUGUUGUCAUGGCAACUGGGUAUGGAAAGAGUUUGUGCUUCCAGUAUCCUCCUGUAUAUGUAGGCAAGAUUGGCAUUGUCAUCUCACCUCUUAUUUCUCUGAUGGAAGACCAAGUGCUCCAGCUUCAAAUGUCCAACAUUUCGGCCUGUUUCCUUGGAUCUGCACAACCAAAAAAUGUUUUGGAAGAUAUCAAAUUAGGCAAGUACCAGAUUGUAUAUAUAACUCCAGAAUUCUGCUCAGGUAAUUUGGACCUGCUUCGGCAGCUUGAGACUAAGAUUGGUAUCUCGCUUAUUGCUGUGGAUGAGGCUCACUGUAUUUCUGAGUGGGGGCAUGAAUUUAGAAGUUCUUUCAGGUCAUUGGGCUCCCUGAAGGCAGCACUCCCAUUGGUUCCAGUAGUUGCACUCACAGCUACUGCCAGUUCUUCAAUUCGAGAAGACAUAGUACGUUGUUUAAACCUGAAAAACCCACGGAUUACUUGUACUGGUUUUGAUCGACCAAAUCUGUAUUUAGAAGUGGGACGAAAAACAGGGAAUAUCCUUCAGGAUUUGAAGCCAUUUCUUGUAAAAAAGACAAGUUCUGCCUGGGAAUUUGAAGGUCCAACUAUCAUCUAUUGUCCUUCCAGAAAAAUGACAGAACAAAUUACCGUUGAACUUAGAAAACUGAAGUUAGCCUGUGGAACAUACCAUGCAGGCAUGGAUUUCAAAACAAGGAAGGAUAUUCAUCAUAAGUUCAUGAGAGAUGAAAUUCAGUGUGUUAUAGCUACUAUAGCUUUUGGACUGGGCAUUAAUAAGGCUGACAUUCGCAGAGUCAUUCAUUAUGGUGCUCCUAAGGAAAUGGAAUCCUAUUAUCAGGAAAUUGGUAGAGCAGGCCGCGAUGGACUUCAAAGUUCUUGUCACUUACUCUGGACUCCAGCAGACUUUAACAUAACUAGGCACCACUUGUUUGAGAUACGUAAUGAAAAGUUCCGACUGUAUAAAUUAAAGAUGAUGGCCAAGAUGGAAAAGUAUCUUCAUUCCAGCAAAUGUAGACGACAAAUCAUCUUGUCUCAUUUUGAGGACAAAAAACUAAGAAAGGCUUCCUUGGGCAUCAUGGGAACUGAAAAAUGCUGUGAUAAUUGCAGGUCCAGGUUAAGUCAUUGCUACACUGUUAAUGACUUGGAUGAGACAUCAAAGGACUUUGGUCGACAGGCAUUCCUGCUACUAUCUGCUGUAGACAUCUUAGAGGAAAAAUUUGGCAUUGGGGUUCCAAUUUUAUUUCUCCGAGGAUCUAGUUCUCAGCGUCUUGCAGAUAGAUACCGCUCUCACAAGCUUUUUGGCACUGGCAAGGAUGAAACAGAGAGUUGGUGGAAAGCCUUUUCCCGUCACCUUAUGACAGAAGGAUUCUUGGUAGAAGUUCCUGGGAGUAAUAAAUUUGUAAAGAUUUGCAUCCUUACAAAAAAGGGUAGAAAUUGGCUUGAUAAAGCCAAUAAAGGAUCUCCUCAGAGACUUAUUCUUGAACCUAAUGAAGAACUGUGUCCAAAGAAGUUUCUUCUGCCAAGUUGGAAAGCUUUGUCUUCAGGCACUGAACAGCAUUCCUCUAAUCAAAUACCAGUUGAAUUAACUGCAGAGAAGAAGUCUAACUUGGAGAAGAUGUAUUCUUACAAAGCACUUGAGAAAAUUCCUUCUGGGAGUAACAUUUCUGAAAAAAGAAUCAUGAUUCAGUCACCGGGAAAAUGUGACCAUCUUGCAGAACCAGCUCUUUCAGCUCAAGAACAAGAGGCUCAGACUGUGUUAUACGGCAAAUUGGUAGAAGCUAGACAGAAAUAUGCAAAUAAAAUGGAUGUUCCUCCAGCUAUUCUGGCAACAAAUAAGAUACUGUUGGAUAUGGCCAAAUUGAGACCAACUACUGUUGAAGAUGUAAAACAGAUCGAUGGUGUUUCUGAAGGAAAAGCUACUAUGCUGGCUCCACUGUUGGAAGUUGUCAAGCAUUUCUGCCAUGAAAAUAGUGCUAAGACAGACCUCUUUUCAAGUACAAAGCCUCAAGAAGAACAGGAAAAAAGUUCACUCUCACAGUCUGCAGCUGUCACAUAUUCUUUAUUCCAAGAAAAGAAGAUGUCUUUACACAGCAUAGCUGAGAACAGGAUUCUGCCUCUCACAGCAGUUGGUAUGCACUUAGCCCAGGCAGUGAAAGCUGGUUACCCCCUGGAUAUGGAGCGAGCAGGCCUGACUCCAGAGGUUCAGAAGAUUAUUGCUGAUGUUAUCCGAAACCCUCCCAUCAACUCAGAUAUGUACAAUAUAAAACUAAUUAGAAUGUUGGUUCCUGAAAACAUUGAUGUGUACCUUAUCCACAUGGCAAUUGAGAUCCUUGAGAAUGACCAUGACUGCAGACCAUCUUCAAGCCAGUCUUCCUGGGAUUCCAACAGAAAGCGAUGUUUCCCCAACUCUGAAGAACCUUGUUCAAGUUCUAAAAGGAGCAAGGAAGUACUCACGGAUACGAAGGUUGAAGAAACACAUCUUGAUAGCAUUUCACUGGAAGACAAAGGCCACAGUAAUUCAAUAAGACUAACUUCUUGGACUCAGCCAUCCAGUGAUCCAGAAACAGAAGAUUCAUUUUCACAUUCUCAUUCACAGACUUCAUCUGAGACCUCAAAGAGAAGAUUGCCUGACUGGUUUGCCAAAGGAAAUACGACUUUAGCUGUAUGCAACAAGAAAUCAACAACAAAAACAAAAAAGAAAGGUCUUUUUAGUUAAGAUGACAUUUAAAAAAACAACUUGGCAUGUCUCACUGUAUUUUAAGAAAAGAGCUAUAAGUCAUUUCUGAAAAGAGUGAAGAGUAAUAUUUUAGCUUAAAAAGUAUUCUGAUUUUAAAGUAAAACUCAUCUAUUUAGAGCAGGACUGGCAUUUUAAAUUAACCUACAUUUCAGAGUGUUGAGGCCUUCUGAUAACUUAAUAGAAUAGAAUGUUAAAUUUGAUUUCCUUUAAGAUCACUUUCAGAAGCCGUACUAUCUUGUGAUCUUAUCUCUAUUUGUAACAAUUGCAUACUUGGAAAACGUAGAGUGUGGUGAUUUAAUAGAAAGAACAGAUUUGUAUUAUAUUGAUUUACAUAAAAGGGUCUUACCAAAAUGGUCUUGUAAAUAUAAAACAGCUAUUUUAUGUUAUCUUUUCUAUCUUUUGAUGAAGCUUUGAUUUGCAUUAUUAUAUAAUAUUAGUUGACCAGAUUUAUGAAUGAAACAUUUGGGUUUCAUGUUAGUGGAGGAAAAGAGCAUAUAAAAGAUUCCAGUUGCACUAGACAACUAUAUACUUUGUAUUUCAUGCUAUUUUUGUUAUUUUUCAGAUAAUAAAAAAUAAUGUACUCCAAACUAAAUAAAAAAAGUAAAAUAUUUUAA